AUGUAUAGAUAUGGUGUUGAAUAUCUAUUUCGAUUUUAUACAUAUGGCGUAGAAAAACAUUUUCGUCAACAUGUAUUUGCAGAUUUUCAACAAGAAACUCUUUGUGAUCAUGAAGCUGGUCAAUUAUGUGAUUUAGAAAAAUUCUGGGCAUUUUUAAAAUAUUCUCGAGAAAAACCAAAAAUCAAUUCAAAACUUGAAGAAAUUUUAAAAAAAUAUAAAAAUCUUGAAGAUUUUCGUGUUGAUGGCGCAUCAUUUCCACAACAAUUUUUUCCAACAAAAUCAAAUUAUACAUUCGAAGCAAUUGCUGCUGCAGUAGCAAAGAACAGUGAUGCAUCAAAUUCAUUAAAACCCAAUGGUGAACAAUAUCUGAACGGUGCUCAUACUUUUUCAAAUGGAUUUCGAUUUAUCGUUUUAGGAAGAAUUGAUAUUGGUUUAGCUAUUGUUGGUGGUGUGAUUAAUUUUGAUGAUGGUCAUCGAGAUGUUAUUUUUGAUCAUUUUCAAGGUGUUAAACUAGAUGUUAUUGAAGAAGGAACUCAUUUUAUGAUUUCAUGGCUUCAUAGACCAAUUAUAUUUGAUAUUCGUACACGACCACGAUCUGUUCCAUCAAUAACAGAAAUAAAAGAUAUAAAAGCUAGAAGAGAACAGUCAACUUCAGGAGAGAGGCGAACAUGGGGAAAAUAUUCACAAACAAUUAAUAUAAUAUUACGUAUUCUUUAUCGACCAAGAGCUGAACUUUCACCAAAAAUUUUUUUGCAAAUUUGGUCUCAAUUUGAUGCUUUUGAAUUGAUUACACAACGUACACUUAUUUCUCAACGUACACAUUUAAGUUUUAGACCUGAAUUUACAAGUGCUGUUGAAUUAAAACAAGUUGCACAACAAGAUGUUGGAAAACAACGAUUUUUAGUCGAAAAAACGGAACAAAGUCGUCGAGCAAAUGUUAUUGCAGCAGAAGGUGAUACUCGUGCAGCUGAUUUGAUUGGCAAAGUUUUAGAUGAAGUUGGUGAUGGUUUGAUCGAACUUCGACGAAUUGAAGCCGCUGAAGGUAUUACAAAUCAAUUAUCAAAAUCAAGAAAUAUCGUCUAUUUACUACAUGGUUCUCAAAUGUUACUUAACAUUACCGGUGCUAUGCAAUAA